UAAAUCUAAGCCAAAAUGAGAAAGGAAAAGACUCGUAUCAACAUCGUCAUCAUUGGACACGUAGAUUCAGGCAAGUCUUCCACUACUGGCCAUUUGAUCUAUGAAUGUGGUGGGAUAGACAAAAGAACCAUGGAAAAAAUUGAGAAGGAGGCUGCUGAGAUUGGAAAGGGCUCCUUCAAGUAUGCCUGGGUCUUGGAUAAACUGAAAGCUGAAUAUGAGUGUGGCAUCAACAUUGAUAUCUCCCUGUGGAUAUUCGAGACCAGCAAGUAUUAUGUGACCAUCAUCGAUGUCCCGGGACACAGAGACUUUAUCAAAAACAUGAUUACAGGCACAUCUCAGGCUGACUGUGCUGUCCUGAUUGUUGCUGCUGGUGUUGGUGAAUUUGAAGCAGGUAUCUCCAAGAAUGGGCAGACCUGUGACCAUGCCCUUCUGGCUUACACACUGGGUGUGAAACAACUAAUUGUUGGUGUUAACAAAACGGAUUCCACUGAGCCACCCUACAGCCAAAAGAGAUAUGAGGAAAUCAUUAAGGAAGUCAGUGCCUACAUUAAGAAAAUUGGCUUCAAUCCCAACACAGCUGCAUUUGUGCCAAUUUCUGAUUGGCAUGGUGACAACAUGCUGGAGCCAAGUGCUAACAUGCCUUGGUUCAAGGGAUGGAAAGUCACCCGUAAAGAUGGGUGGAACCACGCUGCUUGAAGCUCUGGAUUGCAU